CGGGCGUGAAGUGAUAAAAGGGGAGGAGGGAGGACACAAGGAGACGCCAGGAAACGACUGUGACCGCCGCCGCGUCCUCCUCCUCCUCCUCCUCCCGCCGGUGCCAGCCUCCUCUCUCAAGGCGCGAAGCGUUGUCUCCUUGCCCUCUGUAGCCCUUCCUCUCGGCAAGGAGUCCGGUUGGUGUUUCUCUCCCCGCAGGGAAAAGUGGCCGCCGGGAGUGGCGCUGAGGCACUUCUUCCAGUCUCUCUCUCUCUCUCUCUCUCGUCCCGCACCGCCCCGGGCUGGAAGUGAGCGGCGAGGAGUCGGCACAAGCGCUCCGUUCCCUCAGGUCUGUCACAAACUUGCCAAAGGUGAACUGUUGAAAAUCAAGAUGGCAUCUGAUCCAAAUCCACCUCCAUACUAUGAAAACUAUGCCUAUCAGUCAGAAAAUGUUGCUGCUCCAAGAUACGUCAGUGCCUACAACAUGUAUCCGCCACAUUACACAACUUCGUAUAAUCCUCCAUCUGUGCCGCAGUACGUCUCACCAGUUUCAACUCAGCAUUCGACACCAGUGCCAACAAUAGUGCAGCCAAAGCCUUCGUCUACAAAAUGCACACCAAGGCUCAGGAAGAUUUUGUGUUUCCUUCUAGCAACUGUAAUUUCAUUGAUAGGAGCUGGAAUUGCAGUUGUUCUCUCCUGGUACUUUGUGACAGGCAGUUGUUUUGGCGCCAAGAUACAAUGUGGAACUACACGAGUAUGCGUCUCACCAUCUCAGUGGUGUGAUGGAGUACGUGAUUGCCCUAAUGGUGAAGAUGAAAGUCGCUGUGUUAGACUUGAUGGACCAGAAUUUGUCCUGGAGGUUUAUUCAUCUGAAAGCAAAACCUGGCAUCCUGUAUGCUAUGAUAACUGGAGUGAUAAAGAUGGGAAGACUGCCUGUGAAGACAUAGGAUAUAAUGCAAACACAUAUGUCAGUAGCAAGGCUAUCUAUUACAAUGGAUCUAGAAGAUUUAUGAGGCUGAAUACAAGUUCUGGUAAUACAGACUUGUAUAAGAAAAUGUAUAACAGCCAAUCAUGCCCAUCAUUAACUGUGGUGUCUCUGCGAUGCAUACAUUGUGGCACAUCCAGGAAGAGUGGACACCCUCGGAACAGGAUUGUGGGUGGAACUGCUGCCUCCCUUGGAGACUGGCCAUGGCAGGUCAGCCUUCAUUUCCUCGAUAUCCAUCUAUGUGGGGGAUCCAUUAUCACUCCUGAAUGGAUAGUAACAGCAGCUCACUGUGUGGAAGGGAAAUACUCAAAUUCUUACUACUGGAAAGCUUAUGCUGGCAUUCUGACACAACCAGAAAUGGUUUCUUUUAAGGGACACAGAAUAGCCAAAAUAAUUAGUCAUCCAGACUAUGAUUCAACAUCUAAAACAAAUGACGUUGCCCUUAUGAAAUUGCAGACUCCUCUAGUUUUUAAUGAAUUUAUAGGACCAGUUUGUUUGCCUAACUCCGGAAUGAUGUUUCAGCCUGAACAAAAAUGUUGGAUAUCUGGAUGGGGAGCACUGCAACAGAGAGGUAACACUUCCAAAGUGCUGAAUGCAGCACUUGUCCCCUUGAUAGAUUCACGGCUAUGUAAUGACAAAUAUAUCUACAAUGGAAUCAUCCUGCCCACCAUGAUUUGUGCUGGCUACUUAAAAGGGAAAGUGGAUUCUUGUCAGGGCGACAGUGGCGGUCCAUUGGUAACUACGAAAAAUUCUAUAUGGUGGUUAGUGGGCGAUACAAGUUGGGGAGCAGGCUGUGCUAUCCUAUACAGACCAGGAGUUUAUGGAAAUAUGACUGUGUUUGCUGAAUGGAUUUACAGAAAUAUGCAGGCAAACAGAUGAUGGUGAAUAUCCUCUGCCAUGUGCCAGUCCUGAGGAAUCAUCCAUUCCUCACUGAUGGAUCAGAUUGCUUUCGUCAAUAGCAAAUCAGACCAACUUUUAAAAAUGACUUCUUGGUCCUCAACACUUCAUAUAUGGCCUUUAACUUGAAUAUUUGCAAAUUGUUUGGUGCUAUUUGCACUGACCGGUUUCACAUCAAGCGAAUUAGGUUAUACAAGAGCCUAUUUAAUGUGGGGCUUGCGCUCCUUUGAGCAAAUAUUUACUUCCCUUUAUUUCUGACGAUUCCUAGUUAGUUUUUUUAAUGCUAUUUCUGGUUAUGUCUUUAGAAUACAUGUGCAAAAUCUUGGCUUUUUAUAUAUUUAACAUUUAGUACAUCUGUGAUGGGAAUUAUUUGGGCUGCUGGCUAGCCCGUUUUGGAUGGUAAAAACUAUUUUAUGAACAUCUUGAUGUAACACAUGAAAGGAGAUGCUUUUCCAAGACACUGCUGAAAAGCAAAUUUAUUUUGCCAUAUUACUAUAAUUUUUCAUGUUCUUAGAUGUUACACCUUCUGAAAGCAGAUAGGCUAUAUAUCCAGUAUGAAUUGAAUCCUCCCUCCUUCAUUUAGAUCAAGGUCAGUUUAGAAAGUUAAAAAAAAUGUAUGUCAUUUUGUUGAAGAGAAUAUUUCAGGAUCAGAAUAUAUCCAGGAUCCUGGAAUAAACAAUAAAGUAACAAGUAUGCUGAAGCCAGAUGGGGUGUGGCAACUAGACAUGUACUAGAUGCCUCUUGGCACAGGUAUUGUGACAAAUAUUUGUGCCAGGCCCAAAUAUCUGUCACAGUAAAAACUCAGCUGAGGGGAAGUAAAAAAAAUAACCACUCAAAACUAUGACUACCUCAUUUUGUAAAGACAUUGACAAAAAUGUAGGUGUCUUAAGCAGGAAAUAACUUUCUAUUGUUUUUUAAAUUAAUGUAUUUUAUAUAAGAUUUAUGGUUUUAAUCAUGAAGACAGGAAAAAAUCUGAUUAAUAUAGCUACAUUCCAGUGAAAUCUGGAUUUUUCUUCUUUCCUCUGUGGACUAAACUAUUGAUGCUGCUAGUUCAACUGCACUUUUUAGAAUUUGCCUGUUUUUUUUUUGUGAACUUUGCACUUCAGAUUUUGGAGGAGCAAUAAGUUGUAUAUAAAUGUGCCAGUCAAAUAAUUAUUUAUUUAUAAUGAGUAUAUGGAUCAUGGUAAAUUGUCAUUACUUGUGUGAUCUGUUUUGAGCCUGAUUUUUGUUUCAUAGUUUCAGAACUGAAACAUAACAUGCAUUUUCAUUUAUAUAUAUGAUAAAUAAACUUUUUAUGAUUUCUUGACUUUCUUUGGCCAAUUCAUAUUGUUUUCUUGAAGUACUCGGUUUUAAUUAAAUCUACUGAAGGCCCAAAUGGUGUACGGAAGAGAAGCAAACCAUCUGUAUGUGGUGCAGGACAUUUCACGAACAAAACCAAAUCAACAUCAGUUGUCUUUCUGUGACCAACCUCUCUUGCAGAGUUAUUUUGAUGCAAAUGUUUGUAAUCUUAGGCGAACUGUCUCAAUUCAAGAAAUCACUAUAAA